AUGUCUCCCAGUUUGUCCUCAAGUGAGUUCUCCGAAGAUGGAACAGUCAAUAGAAUGAGUGGUCUUGAUCUCAGUGUUUCAGCUAUGGCUUACUAUCCUUACCCUUAUUUGCCUACAUUGGAGAACAAUCCAUUUAUUUGUAUCCUUCCUUUCUCAGAAGAAAUUAGAGAACGUAAGAGGAUCAAGCGAACACUAAGUUUUGCAGAAUCCACAGGAAGUAAUAGUGACUUUUAUUGUGUUGGAGGCAGUAAUAGUGAUAACAGCAUAAGCCGCAGUAGUAGCAAUAAUAGCCUAAAUAGCUUGCCAAGACUUCGUUUCAGAGAUCAUAUACUAACUUAUACCCAAAGAUAUCUUGCAGCUGAGGCUAUUGAAGAGACAGCAACAGUUAUGACCAAUGCUGAGGAAGGUGGAAAUGAAGAAGAUGGUAGUACCGAUGGAAUGAGGCUCGUUCAGCUUUUAAUUGCUUGUGCUGAAGCUGUGGCUUGUCGUGAUAAGUCACAUGCCUCAGCUUUAUUGUCUGAGCUUCGAAGAAGUGCUUUAGUUUUUGGCUCUUCUUUCCAGCGCGUGGCAUCUUGCUUUGUCCAAGGCCUUGCUGAUAGGUUGUCCGUGGUUCAACCACUGGGGACAGUUGGUUUCACUGCUCCGAUGAUGAACAUAAUGGACAUUAGCUCUGAUGAGAAGGAAGAAGCAUUGUGUCUUGUUUACGAAAUUUGCCCCCAUAUUCAGUUCGGUCACUUUGUGGCGAACUCAUCAAUAUUGGAAGCCUUUGAGGGAGAGAGUUUUGUCCAUGUGGUGGACUUGGGAAUGACCCUUGGUUUGCCACAUGGUCACCAAUGGCGCCAGCUGAUCCAAAGUCUCGCCAGUCGUGCAGGCAAGCCUCCUUGCCGUCUUCGAAUUACUGGGGUAGGCCUUUGUGUUGGUAGGUUCCAAACCAUCGGUGAUGAACUGGUGGAAUAUGCAAACGACUUGGGAAUUAACUUGGAGUUCACAGUGGUGGAAAGCAACCUGGAAAACCUGCGUUGUGAUGACAUCAAAGUAUUUGAUGGUGAAGUUCUUGUCGUGAACAGCAUCCUUCAGCUGCACUGUGUGGUUAAAGAAAGCAGAGGAGCUUUGAAUUGUGUUUUACAGAUCAUUCAUGCUCUCUCACCAAAAGUUCUUGUUCUAGUUGAGCAAGAUUCAAGCCACAAUGGGCCGUUCUUUUUGGGAAGAUUUAUGGAAGCAUUGCAUUAUUAUUCAGCAAUUUUCGACUCCCUGGAUGCGAUGCUGCCCAGGUACGACACCAGGCGUGCAAAGAUGGAACAGUUUUAUUUUGCUGAGGAGAUAAAGAACAUUGUGAGCUGUGAGGGACCAGCAAGGGUGGAGCGGCAUGAGAAGGUGGACCAGUGGCGCAGGAGAAUGAGCCGUGCAGGAUUUCAGGCUGCACCAAUUAAAAUGAUGGCCCAGGCCAAACAAUGGCUGGGGAAGAAUAAGGUUUGUGAUGGCUAUACCGUUGUGGAAGAAAAGGGUUGCAUGGUCCUUGGUUGGAAGUUCAAGCCUAUUAUUGCAGCUUCAUGCUGGAAAUGCUAA